UUGUUGAUGUGAAAAUGUGGAAAUUCUAUUGCGUACUCAUGGCAAUCCUGCAGCAGCAGCAGCAGCAGGCGCUGGCCAUUGUGGGCGCUGGACGGGAUCUGGUGUUGACACCGAAACAGGCGCUCCAGCAGCACGGGAAACGCAUCUACUACGAGGAGGAUGAGUCCACGCAAUCAACGCCAGUCCAGCGCAGCUGGGAGCGCACCCUGAAGCAUGUCACCUAUGUGACGCUCUUCACAGACGCCGCUAUGGGCGCCGCUGCCGGCAAACUGAGCCAGCUGCACGACUAUCACGACUUUCUGCAGACGCCCUACGUACCCGAUGCCGAGCAUGGCCAGCAGAGCCAGUCGCGCUUUGGCGACAUUGUCACGCUGGCCACCGGGCGGCUGGAGCAGCUGUCGUCGAACGGCAGCUACCGCUUUGUGGAGGGCCCCGCCAGUGACGGGCCGCAGGGCGGCACACCAGGCAGCCAGAUCCUGGCGCUGUGGCGGGUCCAGCGCAUUCGACAUCGCGAUAGCAUCACUCGGCAUUCCCCGCAGCGCUUCCACUACGAGCUGAAGUUCAGCGUCUCUCCGCUGGCCACGAGCACGGGCUGGCCGCCGCUACAGAACUACAUCCAGAAGGAAUCGGAUUAUCCGCAGAGCUUUGGCCGACACACAUACCAGGAAGCGCAGGGGCAGGCACUGGCCCAGCGGCGUCAGGAUCGUCAGCCGCAGGCGACAUUUGUGCGUGGCAUCUUCCAGGCACCGCCACCGCCGAAUCUCCUGAACAUCGGUGAGUAUCUGAAGGAGGAUGUAACGAAAGGUCCGCCCAAGCUAGAGCUGUUUCCGGGCCUCUUCAAUCUGGGCUUGCGUCCCAAUUUCAUUCCGGCCACCACGUAUCGACCCAGUUAUCCGGUCAAAUUUGGCGCACCCACUCCGCCGGAGCCGUAUGGGCUGCCCAACGAGCUGGGCGCCACUGAGCCGGCUGGGCCACCGCCCAAUCCGCCAGUCACCCAUCAUUUCCACCAUCAUUUCUAUAUGACGCCCAAUGGCUUGACGGAUGGCAACCCAUCUGGCCAGACGGAUCUCGCCUUCCGUCCGUCCAGCUUCGCUCCGGAACUGACAACCCUUGCCGCACCCACUAGCCCAUCACCAGCCUAUCACCAUCAUCAGCCACACUAUCAGCACGAUCCGCACGGUGGCUUUCAGCUGUCAGGGCACCGCGAAACAGCCUCGGCUGAGUCCCUGGAACCAGGCGAGGACGACCGUCCGGAUCAGGAACCGCAUCCGCUUGUGCGCGUACCACAGAGCUAUGCAGGCUACCAGCAGUCCUCCAAGUACCACUCAUCCAAGCUGUCGCCGCUGCUGAUCUAUGCAGGCGCCGCUGCCGACACGGAGGAGGAGCAAAAGUCCUUUGUGCAGAGCGAGCCGCUUGAAGAGACCGUCUAUCGCUACUCGGAGCCGGAUCCGCUCUAUGUGCACCAGCACCCGGUGGAUGUGCUGCACUUGGACACGCCACACAACUAUACAAACAAAGAGCCGCAACAGGACUCGGCACCGGCCCAGCUCGAGUCGAGCUCUGACAGCGGGGAGCAGACGCUACUUGAGCAAGAGGAAGAGGAGCAUCAGGAGCAGCAGGCGCUGCAGCACCAGCAGCAGCCCGAACAGCGACCCGCUGGCAGUCAAAAGCAGCACAAAUUGGCGACCACGCCUGCGGCAACAACAGCAGCCAGCACGACCACAGAGCGCCCAGCAAGCUCAUCCAUGGCGCCGACGCGAGCUGCACCCACGAGCCGAACCAGCUUCGUGUCCACCUCGACCAGCUUUACGCCGCUGCGUGCAUUGAGUCGCUAUCGAACGACGCCACGCAUCACCGCGGGCAGAUCGACAACGACAACAACAACAACCACCGAGCAGCCGGCAGUAGCCAAGUGGAAGCAGCGCCGCAAGGAAAAUGCCACCGGAGUGGACAGUAGAGCCAAGAGCAGUCACCGACACGAAUCUAAGGUGGCCUUUAUGCCACCAACCGCAUUCCCAACAACAGCAACGACAACUACAACUGCAGGAACAACAACAACAACAACAACAACAACAGCUAUGCCUGCAGUCAGCAACAGCAGCAGCACAGUGGCAUCGCCCGAGGGAGCUGGCGAAGUCAUUGAGGUGCUCACCCAGAAGUCGGUUAGCAAGUCCGUCAGCAUCAAGGUGGGCGAGAACGGCGAGGAGAUACCCAUCAUAGUGGACGACGAUGAGAACGAGGUGAAGCGCAGCUAGACAUGCCCAAAUGCGAAGAAUUCUACGUCUAAGAAAACUGGAAGCGGCUGAAUGGCUAAUCAAGGUCUAGGACUAGGAAGACCAGCACGCGAUUAUAGGUCGGGUAUACCCCA